AUUGGAUGAUCGUGACGUGUGUAUAGUUUAUAUACAAGGCUGCUGUCAACUUAUGAAGAAAUAUCAUAUUUAUCUAUAUUCAUAAUGUUAUGUAUUUACAAUCGUCCAUAAAGAUUUAGAAACUUUUUUUUCCAAAUUACAAUGGAUUUAUCUGGAAGAGAAUAACAUUCGUUGCCAUAAUGGGUUAUUUUGGGCGCAAGUGAAUUUACCAAGGGUAUGACACUGAUAUUUGUGAUACUGUUUACACUGUUCACAUUUUAGUAAAUGAUAAUGAUAUGAAUUGCUAAAUUAUGAGGUACAUGAUGUUGCACAUAUCAUAAUCAUGCUACACUGGAAGCUUGUCACAUUUAUCGUCUGCUGUUUUGGAUAUUUCAAAAAGCUGCGUCCAUCGGAGGCUUAUUUGACGGCGUAUCUGACGGGGCCAUGGCAGAAUCUCACGGAAACGGAAGUUGACAAUCAAGUUUACCCUUGGUGGACAUAUUCCUAUCUCCUAUGGUUAUUUCCAAUAUUUUUAUUGACGGACUACUUUCGGUAUAAACCCAUACUCAUUCUUGACGGCAUUGCAUAUAUCAUAACAUGGGUACUACUUCUUUGGGCGCACGGAAUCCCUGCAAUGAAAUGUAUGCAAGUAACAUAUGGGUUGGCUACUGCCUGUGAAAUCGGAUAUUUUUCAUAUCUGUAUGUAAUUGUGUCUAAAGAACAUUUUCAAAAAGUAGCAAGUUUCACAAAAGCAGCUACAUUAUUCGGAAAGUUCGUGGCUUAUCUGUGUGGACAACUCUUUGUUUCUUUUGACGUUUUAGAUUACUUCCAGCUAAAUAUCUUCUCUUUCGUAAGCGUAAUAAUUGCAUUUAUCAUAACACUAAUUUUACCACGUGCUGAACAUUCGGAACUGUUCAAUCCAAAAAAAGAAGAUGGCGACUUAUCAACAGCGAAAGGUGAAAAAGAUCAAGAAGAAAGAGUAAUAGGGAAUAAGACUGUUGUAAUCAAUGGUCCAAGAAGCCUGUUUAAGUUCCUUUGGGACGAGGUUAGAUCAGUUUAUUCUAACAGGAAUAUUCUUAUUUGGUCCGUAUGGUGGGCAUUCGCAUCAUGUGGAAGCUAUCAGGUAGCGAAUUACAUUCAAAACUUAUGGCACAUUUUGACGCCAUACAAACACGACCGGAAGAACCGCCAUCUUUAUAAUGGUGCGGUAGAAGCUGCCGGAACACUGUUCAGUUCUGGGUCCGUUUUACUGAUCGGUUUCCUGCCGAUCAACUGGUCAAAACGAGGCAGAUGUGAGGUACUAAUGGCGGCGGUUUGCGGUCUAAACGCAGUCAUGUUGAUAAUAAUGGCUAAAACCACGAGUAUCUGGGUUUGUUACGUACUGUAUGACCUGUUCAGAGCAUCCUAUCAGAUUGUCAUCACCAUAGCAACGGCACAGAUAGCGGAACACCUAUCACGACAGAGGUACGGGUUCGUGUUUGGUUGUAACACAUUUCUAGCUUUACUGAUAGAGACCAUCUUGACUGCCAUUGUCGUAGAUAAAGCUGGGCUUGACGUCGAUGUCCAAACACAGUUUAUGGUGUACGGAGGUUAUUUUGCUGUUAUGACGGGGGCUUUUCUUGUUGUAGCUAUAGCAACCAUUGUUUGGUCAAGAACAACACAUCAGCGUUUUUACGAUAUGGACGUACAUGUACAGGCGACAGACACUUGAUGAAAACAAGAAAAUGAUUUUACUUUUGUUCAUUUAUGUAGUGACAUUUUUUUGUAUAAAAGAAAGACAUAUGUACAUUACAUUUUGAAGAUAAAAGUAAAUGUCUGAUAAAAUUAUAAGAAACUUUGA